CUAAAUACUUUCUCUUUCGUGGUUUCAGCCGCCACCUAGCGUCCACUUUUGUUUUCAUACCUUAAUCAUACUAUCCAGGUAAACGUGAUCGAUUAGUUGGGUCUGCGCAGGUAGUUCAGGCAGAGCUCAGGCCGCGUAUGUUGGGAGUAAACAAAACUUUUUUUUUUUUUAAUUUUUCAACCUAGUGGAAUUGUCUUCUGGUUCUUCGGGGAGCAGCACCGCUUUCGUUUAAACUUUUUUGAGGAAGCUGUCAGACACAGCCGUUGUUUGUGACUAUCACUGAACGUUUCCUGAUUCAUCUUAUCAGCGUCGAGGCUUGGACACGUACCUGUACCGCUCCUCUAGAUAGGUUUCAUUCGAUGCUGGACUGUGCCCACCAUUAUGUGCGACUUUUCAUCACAGGUGUACGUUUGACCAUGUUGUUCCAUCUGAUCAUACUCCUUCAUCUCCUGUCGUGUGGAGAGACGGUCUGUACCAGAAGGUUACUGUCGUCACAUGAAGGACCACAAGACCAAGAAGUGUUUGUCGAUGAGGGGGGCGCAAAUUCGUUCCUGGGUCGCCAUCUGCUGUUCAACCGGUUUGACUUUGAGAUUUUCGUUCCUGGAAAUCUGGAGAGGGAAUGUUAUGAAGAAGUCUGCAAUUACGAGGAGGCAAGGGAGGUCUUUGAGAACAUCCCGGCUACAGAUGCUUUUUGGAAGGCAUACACUGCAGAUAAGGACAAGCGCGGCCGGGUUGAUGUGACAUCUCUUUUGGUGGGACUGAUCGCUGGUGGAGUGGCCAUUGUUAUUAUUAUCCUACUGGUCUGGUAUUUCUGUCAAGGCAAAUGCAAGGAUGACUUAAGCCGUGCAAGCUCCAUGCGGGUGCGAUCGAGGAGGAGUAAUGCUUCUCUAAUAAUGCGGCGGCUAGAGGAGGCGUCAUUACAACCUGUGCCCCCACCCCCUAUGGAGGAAAACGAAACCUUAGGACUGCCAUCCUAUGAGCAGGCAGUCGCUAGAAGUGGACAACAUGACGCCCCACCUCCUCCCUAUCCCGGCUCCCAACACGGAAGUAUUCAGCGGUAGCACCUCCAGGACAACAUCAGCAUGUCUGUCAUGUUAAGCAGAUGAUUUACAGCGAACAUUUACACUGUGCUGCUCUGUUUUAGAUUUUAUACCUUUUUUUUGUUUGUUUUUCUUCAUCAACACAAUAUUUAAAACAGUGACAUGUGCCUUUUGUCACAUCUUUUUCUCCACUCAAACAUUUCUAAUCUUUAUGGUCUGUUGGUGUACCUUUUCCAUAACAAGGGCAAUCAUGCGAACUUUGAGCUCCACGUUCCUUACCUGUUUGUGCCAAAAUGUAGUUUUAUGGAAGCCUCUAUUAACUAGCUUCACAGAGGUGAUUAUGAUUCGUAAUAUAACCCCAACCCUGUGCUGAAUAAGCUUUACCCAGCUGCACCCAGUUUGCCGCUCUUUGUCUGAACGAAAAUGAAGAAUCAGUAAUGUGUUGGACAUAAGAGAUUUUAAUUUAGGGAGCAGUUGCUUUAUGUUUGUGUGGGAUUGUAUUUCUUUACACAGUAAGUAUUAAUUGCAAUUGAAGAGAGACAGGCUUGAGUUUGUGUUGUCAUACAGCUUCCUGUGUCCUUCGGAAGGAAAGACAGUUGAACAAAACUGAUAUUAAUGGCACAAUGGUUAAUAUUAUUAAUAUAUUCAAGAAAACUUUUAAGCUUAAUGCUUUUACAAGUGUUUCUGAUGUUCUGGUCUACCAGCUAACUGUGUUAAGAUUCCCUUUUUUAAUGUGCAGAUUUUCUUUUUGCUUUAUAAAGUUCUAAUGUGUAAGGACAUCCAUGUUUGAGUCGUUAACUAAUGAGAAUGCUCUUCUGAUAUGUGAAGUCAUUUUUACUUUCCGUAUCUACAGUGUGGUUAACUAAUAGAUAUACUAUAAAUUGUUGGAGGCGGAGGCUCUUCAGGGGCUGUUUUACAACAUUUUACAUUUCCACAGAUUUUUAUAUUAUAUAAGAAACUUAUAGAUGAGAGAAAACAUGAGAUAAUAUGCCAACAGAAUGUGGCAGCACAACAGUUUGUCCAGCAUGUCUGGAACAGACUUUCACUUCACUGUAAUCUGAAAGAAGAUCAUACAAGUCUGUUGGAAGCUGAUGUCUUGUUUUCAUUAGAUGAUGCACAAACACGUAAGUUAGUUUUUUUAUAUUGCUGGAAAUGACCAAUUCCAAAGUUUCAUCGCAUUAUUAGAAUUAACCGGGGCUAACUUUAUUGAAGCUGAUCAGAAGCAUAACCACUUGAAAUGAAAGUCUUUUAUAGAUGUUUUAAAUAAAAUGGAUAUUUUAAUUA